UGGCUCCAGUGGGCACAAGUCUCUCAGUGAAGUUUAUAGGAAGGAUUGCGCUCAGUUGGAGAGAGAGAGAGAGACAGUGAGGGGGGAAAGUGAGCUGGGCUCCAGUGAGGAGAAAAGAGACAGAAGUCAGGAGAAUCAGAGACAACUUUCUUCCAGACUCACACUGUUUGUUUGUUGUUGUUUUGGUGCGCUUUGGAAGAGCAGCGAAAAACAGCGCACACAAGUGUUUUGAGUUUUUUUUUUUUUUUUCUUGCUCGAAAUUAAAUUUUUGAGUGUAGUGGAUGUGAAAAGCGGGCGAAGGUUUAAUACAGAACCGGAGGAAUGUAUCCAACUCGGGCAGCUUCUAGUCAGCGUCUGUGGAGAUGUCCAGCCUGCGUUCUUUGGAUCGCCCUGCUCCUCCAAAGUGUCCUGGACCUGAGCGCGUCUGGGUCUGAGUUUCCCCAAGACCCCAGUGUGCUAGCUCCCACUUCAUGGAACACCUCUAGUGAUGUGUCCUUCUUCAUUCGUCUUGAAGCUCCUAUGAACAACAUCACCACAUCUCUGGGCCUCACAGCUGAGCUUUUCUGUCGCGUGUCGGGCAACCCACUACCGACUGUGCGCUGGUUAAAGAACGAUGCCCCCGUGGUACAGGAGCCACGACGGGUCUCAUACCGAUCCAUGCCUUAUGGAUCACGCCUGCGCAUCCGCAACCUGGACACUACUGACACAGGGUACUUCCAGUGCGUGGCCACCAACAGCCAAGGCACCGUGUCUACGACAGGAGUGCUGUUUGUCAAAUUCGAUCCACUCCCUACACCUCUGCCAGGAAGACCAACGGAGGAUUUUGAUGAAGAGGGAUUCUGCCAGCCAUACAGAGGUAUAGCCUGCGCCCGUUUCAUCGGUAACCGCAGCAUCUUCGUGGACUCGUUGCAGAUGCAGGGUGAGAUCGAGACCCAGAUCACAGCGGCCUUCACCAUGAUCGGGACCUCCAACCAUUUGUCUGAUCGUUGCUCCCAGUUUGCUAUCCCUUCCCUCUGCCACUUUGCCUUCCCGACAUGCGACCGCAGCUCUGGAACCGACAAACCUCGUGAUCUGUGUAAGGACGAGUGUGAGAUUCUGGAGAACGAUUUGUGUAAGACAGAGUACAUCAUCGCCCGUUCAAAUCCCAUCAUCCUGAAGAGACUGAAGCUGCCAAACUGUGAGGACCUGGCUGCUUCUGACAGUCCCGAGGCUGCAAACUGUCUAAGGAUUGGCAUCCCCAUGGCCGAGCCCAUAAACAAGAAUCACAAGUGUUACAACAACAGCGGUGCAGACUACAGAGGCACAGUCAGUGUGACCAAGUCAGGGCGUCAGUGUCAGCCGUGGAACUCUCAGUACCCCCACAGUCACACGUAUCUGGCCGUCCGCUAUCCGGAGCUCAACGGAGGGCACUCAUACUGCCGCAACCCUGGGAACCAACACGAGGCCCCCUGGUGCUUCACACUGGAUGAGGGGGUCCGCAUGGAGCUCUGCGAUAUAGCCAUCUGUGACCAUAAAGACAAGUCUGGCGGCAGCAACAUGGAGAUCUUGUACAUACUGGUUCCCAGUGUGGCAAUCCCAUUAGCCAUUGCCUUGCUCUUCUUCUUUAUUUGCGUGUGCCGCAACAACCAGAAGUCCUCCAGGCCACCUGCCCCUCGUCAGCAGAAACCAGUCCGGGGACAAAAUGUUGAGAUGUCCAUGCUCACAACUGCAUACAAGCCAAAGAGUAAGGCCAAAGAGCUUCCACUGUCGGCUGUACGUUUCAUGGAGGAGCUUGGAGAGUGUCCUUUAGGGAAGAUCUACAAAGGUCACCUGUAUCUGCCGGGCAUGGACCAGGCACAGCUCGUGGCCAUAAAGACCCUAAAGGACAUCUCCAGUGCCCAGCAUUGGACCGACUUCCAGCAGGAGGCCGCAGUGCUGACAGAGCUGCAGCACCCAAACGUGGUGUGCCUGCUGGGUGUGGUGACCCAGGAGCAGCCUGUCUGUAUGCUGUUUGAGUUCUUGCCCCAAGGUGACCUCCACGAGUUCCUCAUCAUGCGCUCACCACACUCUGACGUCGGCUGCAGCAGUGAUGAGGAUGGCACUGUGAAAUCCAGCCUGGAUCAUGGAGACUUCCUGCAUAUGGCUAUACAGGUGACAGCUGGGAUGGAGUACUUGGCAAGCCACUUCUACAUCCACAAAGACCUUGCAGCUCGAAACAUCCUGGUAGGUGAACAGCUCCACGUCAAGAUCUCGGACCUGGGUCUCUCCAGAGAGAUCUACUCCUCAGACUACUACUGCCUCCAGCCCAAAACCCUGCUGCCCAUCCGCUGGAUGCCUCCCGAGGCCAUCUCUUAUGGCAAGUUCACCACAGACUCAGACAUCUGGUCGUUCGGGGUUGUGCUGUGGGAGAUCUUCAGCUACGGUCUGCAGCCCUAUUACGGCUUCUCCAACCAGGAAGUGAUGGAGAUGGUGAGAAAGAGGCAGCUGCUGCCCUGCCCUGAGGACUGUCCACCAAGAUUUUAUGGUUUGAUGACUGAAUGCUGGCAGGAGGGACCAUCACGUCGACCGCGCUUCAAGGACAUCCACACCCGCCUGCGAGCCUGGGAGGGGAUGUCAUCCCAUGCCAGCUCCAGCACACCUUCUGGUGGUGGAGGCAAUGCCACCACCCAGACCACCUCGCUCAGUGCCAGCCCUGUCAGCAACCUCAGCAACCCGCGCUAUGCUGCAGCCGCUGCUGCCGCAGGCUACCUUUACCCAGCCCAGGCUAUUCCUUCCCCAGGCCAGAUGGCUCCGAUAACAGCCUGGACACCCAUGGCUGUGUCCCAGACCCACCAGCGCUUUAUCCCCGUCAAUGGAUACCCCAUCCCUCCAGGAUAUGCAGCUUUUCCAGCUCACUUCACUGCCCCUGUCCCACCGACCAGGGUCAUCCAGCAUCACCUGCCCCCUCCCAAAAGCCGCUCACCCAGCAGCGCCAGCGGUUCCACCAGCACAGGUCAUGUCAGCGGAGUGCCCUCCACUACGGGUUCCAACCAUGAUGCCAACACACCGUUGCUUUCCCACUGCAUCAUGCCGGGAAGCGGUGGAGGGCAGGCUCAGGUGUAUGGACAAGUUUGCCAGAAGGGGAUGGGGCAACUGGACCAUGCGUCACAAACAUCAGCGCUCCUCACUGCUGAUUCUGAUGUACUGAUGUACAACGACACGGUCAUCACUGCAGACCUGUAGAUAGAGGGAUACUCACUUUCUUCCUGCUUGGGACCCAGAUUUGAGAAGUUUAGCCUCUCACCAAGGGACCCAGUCUAACAGUUCUACUCUGGUCACAUGGAGACUCAGCAGAAACCGGCCUGUGCACACGAUUGGUGUGCAGGAAACACUGCUGCAGCCACACAAGUAUAUACACAGCUGUCUGACUUUUUAAUGCCUUAUUGUUUAAAGUGUACUUACUAUCAUGUUUUCAAAAUGUUGUGUUAUUAUUUUAACCUCUGUGUAAAUAGGGUACAUAAGUCCUGAAUGAAUGAAUGAAUGAAAUACAAAUAUAUAUAUUCAAAAGAACUUUUUAUUAAGGAAAAAAAUGUAAAAGGUGAAAUAGAAGCAAGUCCAUCCUGUGUCCUGAGAAACGGUUUGUAUUAUUACAGUCCCACAAAAAAGUUCCCGUGUCACAAACCCAGUCAAUGAACUGUUUCAUGCAGGAUGUGAAGGAAACACUGACAUUCAUACAAUCACCUUUCGGUGCUUUUCAGCAUGGUGUGACUUGCUUGUUUCUGGACAUAUUAAAACACAAAAAUGUCCUGUGCUUUUGCUUGUACAGUAAAAGAAACUGCAUUUAACAAGCAAUAACCAAGCGAACAAGAAUGGGAACAGCAGACUGAACAAAUGAGAGGUUCAGCAGCUUUUACUGAGAAGACCAGCACUGACCUACGCAAAAUACACCAGUAUUACAAGGCGUGCAGGUGACGUGCCCCACCUCUUGAGUUUUUUUUUUUUUUUUUGCAGCCCAGCUAUGUGACAGCGCCCCAUCAAAGCAGCUGGAAUUCAAACUAAAACAGAUACAGGUGAUACGUUUGUUACCAAUACUCGCCCCAGCACUGAGAUCUGGCAGAUUGCAUCAUCAUCAUUUUCAUACAAAGUCCCUUCAGAAAUGACACCUGAAUGUUUUUUUGUGCAACCUCAACAUGACUAUCUGACACUUUUGCAUCAUGGACACAGGCCUCUUUGCCUUUUUUUUUUUAAAUUUCAGCUCCAGGCUGAGGAACAAGGGAGCUGGGAAAACCCUCUCUUCAUUCCUCUCUCACCUUCACAGGUCACCCCUUUAUCAUUUCCCUGUCCUCGUUUUCUCCUCUCAUAAUGUCUUCCACCUUCCCAGUGGAUAUAGCAUCUCACUUCAAAAGCUGGCUGCAGAGGACCCUCCACAGAUCUACAAAUAUAAUCACACAGCGCUCAUAUCCUCCACAGUUAAACUGGACCGGUCUCAGGGCAAACACUCCAUUCACCGCAUGAGGGCUCGGGUCAAUUUACUGUCCAUGAUGUAAGCUAAAAUCUCGCCCUCACAAAAGAACAUUUUUAUUGUAAAUCGGAUAGGGUAUUUUCAUUUUUAUGGUAGAGUUUUUCAGUAUUUGAAUUUUGAAGGAAGAUUUUAUUCACACCGCUUGUAUUCAUGUCUUUGUCCUUUCCUUUUCCUGAUUUCAACAUCUGUAUUGUACAAAGAAAACCAUUCAAGAUAUAGGGGAAUGAAAGUACACAAAGUACACACAUGAGGCUCAUUGCAGAUGAAACCUCUGCUUCAGUUGGUAUUUUACAAGGUCUCGGCCAUGUGCACGAACAAAAAAUCCUAUAAAUAGGAUGUUCGAUGUGUCCUCUUAAAUUGGUUAAAUAGAAGAAUGUUUGACCUCAGCAAAGAUCAAUUUCAUGAAAGAUUUAUUUUAAAAGAUCAUUUAUUUGGUUCUGUAUCAGUAAAUGGAAAGUACUGUGUGAUCUGUGGUUAGUGGUAUGGUACUGAUAAACACCUGGCAACAGCUGUACUGACAUGUAGGUGAUCCCAACAAGGACAAGUGCAGGUUUUAAAAAGAAAGUUUCCUUAGUGAGUCUCAUUACAGCUGCAUUUAUAUUUUAACAUGUCCAUUGUCCAGAAAAAGGUCAAUCAUGUAUGGUUUCAGAUGCAUUUACUCGAAUAUCACAUAAAAGAUGCCUCAGCUUUCUGUUAUUAUUUAAUGAUGGUUGAUUAGAAGUAGUAGUAAGACAACAGUUUGUGACCUUAGUUGUACCUGUGUAGUAGACAAUCAUUGGUUCUGAAUGGUCGUAAAAGUGUCCCAGAUUGUUGCACUCUGCUGGUGUGACUAUCAAUCAGCUGUAUUUUCUAACCAGCAUGACACAAAGGUACGCUGAUAGCACUUCGCUGUGGAUGCGCAAAGCCGAAAUCACAGUGAAGAUAGCUUGUUGCCUAUUGCUUAUUAUCGUUUCAAGUUGACACUUGUGGAAUGUAGAUAGACUUUAGUAAUUAGUUAAUCUACCCUUAAACCCUUAAAAUCAUGGCUACUAUCUGAUGUCACUAGAAGAGAAACAGCUGUAAGACAAGCAGCUGCUCCAAGUCACAGUAGACUAAAGUGAAAAGUUUUUAGUUUUUUUUUAGUUUACUCCAAGAUAAUUUAUUCGACUGAAACUGAUUGUGUGACAUUAGCAAAAUGAAGGGAAAGAAGAACGAGAUAUUCAUGUCAAAUCUGGUCCAAGGUUAUUUGAAUCAUUUAAGUUAAUUUGAAUUUUUCCCAACAAGUUUUUAUUUUAUUGCUGUCUUUUGUCUCUGUACUUUAUCUUUUUGUUCCUCUGAAGCAGAUCGAGCUACCUUGGCAUCUGAGUUUGUACCUCCAGCAUGUAAAGAAUUUAUGUGUACUAAUAUAGCAGUGCAAAAACCACUUAUACGCAAGACUGUGAAUCUUAAUCAAGUCUAGGUAUUUUUGUAUUUGGCAAAAAAAAAAAAAAAAAAUCAUUAUUGUGCCUUUUCUUUUUUUGUUUUAUUCGAGAUCCAUAAAAAAAAACACAGCAAAAUACAAGUAAAUUUAUAGUUCACUAACAGUGUACCCGUUACAGAAGGUUUACAUGUUUAUCCUUUGACCAAGAGAGGCCUUGUCUUUGUAUUUUGUCUGAACAUUUUUGCACAGAUGUUUUGUAUUGCAAAAUCAUUUAUUAAAUGAUGUUGUUUGGUUAA